ACAUCGCCCUGGUGAGUAGCCCGGAUGUUUCUCUGGUUACUGUUGAUUUAGAAAAACAAACAUUUCUUUUAAAAUAUUCAUGAUUUUAACUAAAUGAACAAAUCACAUAGACGGGAGAGAGUGGCUGCCACGAUGACAGUCACAAACAACAAAAAAUAAACCGUGCUUUGUGUAUUAACAGGUUGAGUUUGAGAAAGCCAAAAAUUCAAUAACACACUCUUGUAGAUUGCACUUUGCUUUAUUGCCCGCGUUAUUGUUCCAGAUGGCUUUUAUUGUACACACAAUAAUUCACACAAGACACAAGUACACACAUUGACAUAUUUAUAUUCUAUUUCUUUCCUUGUCUGACCGGCUUGUAACAACACGUUUACUCUACUAUCAUAGAAAACUGGCAGGAGAGGGAACAUUCCUCCUUUUUCAAGAAAACUUUAAAUGAAUAAUCAAUGAUCGAACCUUGUCGAUCAGCUGAUCAGAUCUGCCCCUGGGGUGCUGGCUGGAUGUCUUGACACAUAACGACACUUCCAUGUACAGUGGGAGGUCAAUAAAGGGUCCAACUGCAAAUAUUUGCUAAUCGAUUGAAUUGAUCUCAACACGUAAUGGAAAAUUACAAUAAUGUCGUUGUCCGUCUUUCCGACAAGAUUAGGGGAAGUUUAAUUUGUUUUUCAGAAAAUAUACAAGCUUUAGAAUAAAUAUAUAAGCCAAUGAUUAGCUGCGUGUCCAUGGCAACAGCACGUCGGUCGGGCACUACUGCGCCAUCUCAGAUUUGGGAUACCGGACUUCAUAGUACACUAUUCACAAUAGGAAUACUGUGACAAUUGCGGACAAGAGGAAACAAUAGAACACAUCAUAGUACAAUGUCAAAAAAUAUGGGACAGAGAGAACACGACUCAGUCAGAACCUCAGAAAGAUCAAGAUGGAACUGAAUAUUUUGGACAUUUUACAGCAGGAUUCGCAGAAACGAAUGUCAUAAUCAUUUCAUACAGUACCUCAGGGAAAUGAAGGUGUUAGGGAGAAUCUGAUCAUAUUUCAUGUUUUUGUUUUAUUUUGUUUUGUUUUGUUUUAUAAUAAUUAUAAUAAUUUUAUUUAUAUAAGUGCUUUCACAAAAACAUACAAAUCACAGACAAUUAAAAUCAGCAUGCCAACAAUAAUACGCAUUUCAGGUCACAUAUCUGUAUACAAAAAUAUAUAAAAAGAAGAUUUUGAUUUGUCUUGUUUUGAUUUUUGUGAUUCUGAUCCACUUUCAUAAAAAGUACAGUUCAAUCUAGUAGAUACUCUACAGAAGAACACAGAUGAGUGUUAUCAAGUCAUAUUUCAGUAUCUCAGACAAACAAAUGCCAUUGAGAAGAUACGUUUAUUGUUUUUUUGUUUGUUUGUUUAUUAUUAACUUUUGUUUGUUGUCUUUGGUGAGUCUUAGUGUACAUAGUAAAUAAUAGCGACGCUGAGCCUCACUCCACACCAGUUGGUGGCGGUAAUGCGCCGAUUUGUUGUUUGCAACAACCCCCCCCAAAAAAAUAACAGAAGAAGAAGAGGAGGAGGGGGCGGGUCACAUGACCACCGCCCGCCGAGAGCCGAGAGCCGAACAGCCGAGUCAGAGUCGCCGCCUCAUCGCCGCCGUCUCUUCAUUCAUCACCGGACAUGUUUGCGAUAUGAAAAUUAGCGGUCUGCGGUGACGUGACGCCUCCCGUGAAUCUGUCAGUCCGCCGGGAUUAUCCGAGAGGGGACGAGGAGGAUUCUCCGAGGCUCGUUUCUCCGCCGGACAACUUCUCGCCCUGAAGAGGAACCGCGGGGGGAGCCAGUUUUGCUCUGCAUAGCCGUCAAUGCUGGACUCCCUGAUCCAUCGGCAUUAGCAUCCGCGAGGCCCCGGGAGAGAGACGACGAGCCAGUCGUCCACCAGACCGCCUGACCCGACAUGAUGACCUCAAGUGAUGUAGACAUCCAAGGUGAAGCGGCUUUGUUCUCCGACCAGAACCCGUCAGAAAUGGACGCUCUGUGUCCGUCCCCUCCUGGACCAUCCAGACCCCAGCGUCACUACGAGAGGAUUUCCGGGCAAACAGGAACGUCUUUCUGCCAGACUCUGAUUCACCUCCUAAAGGGGAACAUCGGGACGGGGCUGCUGGGUUUGCCUCUGGCCGUGAAGAAUGCAGGUCUGGUGCUGGGACCAGUCAGUCUGUUGUGUAUGGGAAUCAUCGCAGUCCACUGCAUGAGGCUGCUGGUCACAUGCUCCCACCACCUCAGUGAAAAGUUGAACAGGCCGUCGCUGACCUACGGCGAGGCGAUGCAGUACGGGAUGGAGAACGUUUCAUGGCUGAGGAGACAUUCGCUCUGGGGGAAACGGACGGUGAACUUGUUCCUUAUCAUCACUCAGCUCGGCUUCUGCUGCGUCUACUUCGUCUUCCUCAGUGACAACAUCAAGCAGGUGGUCGAAGCGGCCAACGCCACCACCUUCAGCUGCUCGGUGACCCACACCAACCAGACGCAGGUCCUGGUGCCGAGCUUCGACUCACGCCUCUACAUGCUCUUCUUCCUGCCCGCCUUCGUCCUGCUGGUGUUCACCCCCAACCUGAAAUACCUGGCCCCGCUGUCCCUGGUGGCCAACCUGGUCAUGACGGCCAGUCUGGUCCUCAUCUACUUCUACUCCCUCACGAACAUCCCAUAUCCCAUCAACCUACCGAAAGUGGGCCGGGCUAAGGACUACCCCCUCUUCUUCGGGACGGCCAUCUUUGCCUUCGAGGGGAUCGGAGUGGUUCUGCCCCUGGAGAACAAAAUGCAGCGGCCUCAGAGCUUCACCGUGGUCCUGUACGUGGGCAUGGGCAUCGUCACCUUCCUCUACAUCAGCCUCGGCACCAUAGGAUACCUGUGCUUCGGGGAGCACGUCGGAGGCAGCGUCACUCUCAACCUGCCCAACUGCUGGACUUACCAGGCGGUGAAGCUCCUCUACUGCUUUGGCAUCUUCAUCACCUUCGCCCUGCAGUUCUACGUCCCGGCGGAGAUCCUCAUCCCGUCGGUGCUGGCCCGCGUCCCGGAGAGGUGGGAGACGGCCGUCGACCUUCUGCUUCGCACCGUCCUGGUCAUCUUCACCUGUGCCCUCGCCAUCCUGAUCCCGGAGCUGGACCUCGUCAUCUCGUUGGUGGGCUCGGUCAGCAGCAGCUUCCUGGCGCUCAUCUUCCCGCCGCUCCUCCAGAUCGUCGCCUUCCACUCGGAGGGCCUGUCGCCGCUCGUGACCGCCAAGAACAUCGCCAUCAGCCUGGUGGGGCUGGUCGGCUUCAUCACGGGCACGUACAUCGCCAUCGAGCAGAUCAUCGCCCGCAACGCGCUCAAACACGAAGGGACGCUCUCCUCCUUCAUGGUGCAGUGAUGAAGUGACGCAGUGACGUGACUCUCGGCAGGUGGAGUUCAAACCUCCCAGGACGUUUAGAAGCGGUUUUAAGGCACCUUUUUUUUUUUUCUCUCUCUAUCUCUUCUUUGAUUCGCUGCUGUUGGAUAUGGCUGCCAUUUUAGGAUUAACAUAUGAAAUGUUAAAGCAGUAUGACGUGUGAGGACUCGUGGUGCUGAUGUUGAGUUUCGUUAUGUUUGCUGUAGUAACUCGCGUCCCAUCACAUCGAGCCACUUCUAAUGAUUAUAUAAUUAUGGUAAACGCUAAAUAAUUCCUUCUAGUCAGAGAUUUUCAGAAUCACGGUUGUUGUUGUUUUUUUAGUUACAGUCUGAAUAUAUAUUUAUGCUUUUGAUUGUUUCUGUCAGAAAAUCAAACUACCUCACAAUCUGGUAUCGAUUUGGUCUGUAUAAAACCUUUCUGACUCCCUCGGCAUUUCACUUAGAACCUGUUCGACUUUGACGCACAGCAGAUCUUUUGUAGAUUUUAUUUUAUUUUAUUUUCUAAUCUAUAUAUUCUGUUGCACUUUUAAUUCAUGCCUUAUUCCGUGGACCAGCACACACACGACUCUCGAGGGUGGUUUUAGACGACACACUACACAAACUACAAAAUCGGGUAACUUCAAAAGGUCCAAAAGGGUUUUUUAUUUGUUUCUUUGACUAACAAAUCCAGGUUGGGUUAUCGAAAUAAUUCUUGAAUUGAAACCAAAUCCAAAUGGAUAAGGACCAGGGAUCGUCUUGAGUUGUUCCUCUUGAUUUGGCUUUUAUCAAAUCCUUGAGAGGGAAGUUCGUACGUAUGUUUGUUGUGUUUACUGAUCAACGGAAACGUAGAGGAGCUUUAUCAAGUAAUUCUAACUUCUGCGUCUCAUAAUUAUGACUUUUUAUAUCUCAUAAGAUGAAGAUAUACUUACAAAUUUACAAAUUUGUUAUUUCUAUACGAGUUUUAUCGUUUUAGCUGCGAGUACAAAUUGUAUUUUUUAAAAAUCUUCCAAUUGAACGAAAUGAAGCCCAAAUAUCUCGUCUCAUUUUGACGUAGUGUCGAGUCUACGGAGUAGUGAUCGCCCUCGACCAAUAGCGAGUCAGUCUCAGCUGUCAAUCAUUGCGUUUCACCACAUUUUCACAGCAUCAAAUAACUGGUCAAACUGCAAACAUGCUUAAAAUGACAGAAACCAUCUAAAGGAAAAAGUUAUUCAACUUUUUGUAGUUUUAGUUUUUUUUUUAGGGGGUGGGGUUUAUGGCCUAUACUGCGACCAGCCACCGGGGGGCGAUCCAGGUGAUUUGGUGUCACUGUUGUGGGGGUGUGUCACGUCGUCCGUCUUUAUUCACAGUCUGUGGUGCGGAUGUUUUAGGAUGUUGUGUUGGCGAUGUUUGGCCGAACUCUGUUUGUUAAACGUCAACGUCUUUAUCCGUCGUCGGGUUUUUUCAGUGCAAUGAACUUUUAAUAAUCAGCAUCAAGUGAUCAAUCAUAACAGUCAUAACUGUGGGACUGACUGUUGCCGGGGUGAUCAACACAAUCAAUGUUGCAUUGUUACAUUAUAAAUUAUUUACGCUCUUACUUAACGCUGGCACACAGAGCUUCUAGAGUCUAGAACUCUACUUUUUAAAGUCAGAGAAUCAGAUUUCUAAUAAUUUUCUCUUAAAUUCAAGAUAAAAAGGGCCAAUUAUGUGCUAUUGAACCUUUAAUCAUGUCAUAGUGAAGAAAAUAUGAAUUCUGUUUAAUUUUACUUUCAGGAAUGCGGCAGAAAAUGUUUUUCCGAAAUGUCGUAUUAAUUCUGCUGUAAAAUCACUCAAUUCUAAAAGGAUGACAAACAAAAUGUUAAUACCUCGUUAAUGACCAGAUGAAUACUAUUUGUAUUUUAAUUGUGUUGGGUUUUAGAACCUUGUACUAUACAUAUAUGGUUUUCUCUCCUUGAACGAGCAAGGAUCCAGGAUUUGAUGAAAACCAACGAUGAGAAUCAACAAUACUCACGAGUGACGCCCGUUCGCAGAUUUUCCAAACAAAGCAAAAUAUAUAUAUCAGAUUUAACAAACUCAUGGGACCUCUGCUGUUUGUUCUCGUCUUUAAAAUCUUUUAUUUUUAUGAUCCAAUUGUUUUGUGUGUGUUUUUUAACAUGUUUUUAUGUUUAAAUGUAUUUACUAAAUUAAUGAUUCUGUAUUUUUUUUUUUUUUAUUAUUAUUCAGAACAGCAUGCAUUUUUUUAAGGACUUACAACGAAACCUUGACAGUUUUAUUUCUCUGCAUGUGAUAUCCUGUAACAUGUAUGUCAAAUAUAACAAGCGACUUAUACUGUAGGUAUAAAUAAUAUCAAAUAAACCAUUCGUCUGCUUUGGGGGAGACGGACAUGAACACGU